CCGUGGCUGUAAAACCGGCAACACGGACAGAGUAGACAUGAGAUCGAAAAGCGCACAGAAAACAAAACAACGCGAUAGUUGAUUUCGGCAGAUUUAUUUCUAAAAUUUGUUCCUAAAAGUAAUUGUUUUUCCUAAAAAUUUGAUUUAUACUCAAUACUAGACGUUGAUAGUACCGAUGAACAUUCCAACAGGGAAUUAAGGUUAGGUUAGUUGGAUCGCCACUGAAAACGCCCCGCGAAUAAUCGGGUCACUGAAUUGUUUGAAGCAAAUCAAAUAAAGCUCUCAAAAAUCAGUGUGUCCGGCGUUUAUGACUCGAACUUAUCCAACAAACUUCAAACAAUUCAAAUGAGGAAAGCAAGCCUUGCGAUACCCGCUACGGAAAGCAACUGUGUCGCCUGUGACAGAUCCGACGAUGCGGACAACAUGGUCCAGUGCGAUGCCUGUGAUACCUGGUGGCACUUCUCGUGUGCCAAGGUUACGGCAUCCAUUAGCAAUCGAGCCUGGGUAUGCUCCAAAUGCACGAAAGAUGAUAGCCUGUCGUUCAAAAGCGGACUUUCCGACCGAAGCGGAUCUCAACUUGCGGAAAGUAUGGCACGUUUAAAGGAACGGCAGGAAUUGGAGAAAAAGCGAUUAGAACUGGAUUUGCAGAAAAAAUUCCUGGACGAGCAACAACGGCUGCUGGACGCAACCGUAACGGCGGUUUCCGGAAGCUUGAAGAGUUGCGUUACUCGUCGAGAAAGCACUCAACGCGUAGAGGAAUGGAUUUGUCGCACCGCUGAGCAGAAAGCAUUCGAGGAAAGUGAUAGAGAACCAGUAGAUCCUUUGAGGCUACAGCUGGUCCAGGGCCUGGCUGUAACGGAACGCUACGGUGCACCAAUAGAGAUGAUGCGCCAUGUACAGAAGCGGAGUGAAUCAGACACCGACGAACUGCAGAAGUUGCAACGACAAAUGGAGGAGUGCCAGAAAAAGAUUGCGGUCUUGAAAAUUACAGCGCAAAGCGAUUACCCAUCCGCAGUAGGGCAGCAAUAUGCUCACGAAAAUCGGCGUGAUCACUUCGUACGCGAUUGUGAUGGAACCGGACAGCAGCGUACCGACCGGACACUCUUCGAUUGUAGGACUAAUGACGAGCAGCGGCAACGGGAACAUGUCGAUUUCGCAACCGAUGGGCAGCAGCGUUAUGAUCGCGCACCCAAUGAGGCCACAGUAAAUCGCCACCAAAACAACGCGCAUUUAGAUUCUACAGUCCAAGACCAGCAACCUGAAAUUCAUUCACGUCGACAAUUUCGAGACGUCUCUCUGCAAGGCCCUACUCCGCAACAGAUCACUGCCAGACAGUCGCUGGCCCGGGACCUACCCACCUUCUCUGGAGAUCCAUCAGAAUGGCCAAUAUUCAUAUCCAACUACAAUUAUACGACUGCGAUAAACUCGAGGGACUCAUCGAUUACGGCAUGGCAGUCCAAGAACUUUGUGAGCAUAUUGAAGCAGCGAAUGAGCACGCACAUCUCUCUAACCCAACAUUGUUACAAGAGUUGGUUAGUAAGUUACCUGCCAGUCAAAAGUUGA